CCUCUUGAAAAUGUAACGUCUUCGAAGUUUUGUGAUAUCAAUAAUGUCGAAGUGAACAUAUUGUAAUUGAUACUGGCAGUUUCGUUCAUUUAGUUAUUUUAUAAUAUAAAAAGAAACAAAAAGGUUCGUGUAAUAAAAAUUCACACGUUUUACGACAAGAUAUAUUAUUAUCAGUAUUAAUUAAACAGUUAAAGAGAAGUAGUUACGUGAGAUUUCAUUAACAUUGCCAAAGUAUGAUAUAUAAGUUUUAAUCCAGUUGUUAAAAUUAAUUGCAAGUAAUUUAGAAAUACUAUAUUAUUUUAUAAGAAAUAUUUGCAGAUUUCACAUUUUUUUCUAUUACUUCGAAAGAGAGAUGUGUGUUUUGUUAUAGGCAUUCUUAAUUAAAUAACAAACAAUGGCAGAAAAUGCUGCUAGUUCAAAUUCAGAGGAAAAUGCUAUUUCCUCAGCUAUGACUCGAUGUUACGAAAACUAUAUUAUUGUUGAUGUUGGUGCCAAUCUUACAAAUAAGAAAUACAGUCGAGAUUUAGAUAGCGUAAUACAAAGAGCUAAAGAUGCAGGAGUCCAGAAGAUCAUGGUUACAGGUGCAAGCAUUCGUUCUAGUAAAGAGGCUUUAAGACUGACAAGAAUAUAUCCUGGUACUCUUUAUUCAACUGCUGGUGUACAUCCACAUGAUGCAAAAUCAUGGGAAAAUCCAGAUACUUUACAAGAACUUGAAAGCAUAGCUACAAAUCCAGAAUGCGUUGCGAUUGGAGAAUGUGGUUUAGAUUAUAAUCGUGAUUUUUCUGAUCCUGAGACACAACGUACUGUCUUUCAUAAACAAGUAGAGCUGGCAUGUCAAUUAAAUAAACCACUUAUAAUACACGAAAGAGCAGCACAGGCCGAUGUAUUGGAAGUUCUUAGUCAUUAUAAAAAUCGUUUGCCACCAGUUUUAAUUCAUUCUUUUAUUGGAACAGCAGAGGAAGCACAAAUUUAUUUAGAUCAAGGAUUUUAUUUAGGAAUAACAGGCUACUUAUGUAAAGAUAAGUCAGAUAGUGGUAUAAGACAAUUGUUAGAAGCAGGUCAGGCACCAUUAGAUAAAAUAUUAGUUGAAACUGAUGCCCCAUUUAUGUAUCCUAAUACUAGAGCUAGUAAAUUACCUGUACGCGUUAAGGAUGCUUUAACUGAACGAUCCAUGACUUUUCUUCAUCGUUAUUGCACUUUUCAACGCAAUGAGCCAUGUGCCUUGCCAGCUAUAGUCGAAAUGGUAGCAGCUUUUAUGCAAACAACUCCAGAAGAAGUUGCUUUAGCUACUGCUUUCAAUGCUUUAAAGUUAUUUGGUCUAAAUGCGUGAUUUAAAGAUGGACAAUAUUAAAUUUGUUUUAUAUGGUGGUGCUAGUUGGUGCUUCACAAGAUUUAGAUAUUGGUGCUACUAUGUGGUAUAUCUAUUUUUACUUUAAUAAUCUGGUAUCUAUAAAUUUACUCAAUAUUUACAUCAGAUAAAACAUUUCGUGUGAUAGUUAUACAAAAAAAAUGAGAUAUUAAAAAAGUAAAAAAUAAUUGCAGCACCAAUAUUUAUGCUUAAUUUGUUACUAUAUCCUUUAUAUACACAAUCUUUUCUUUUUAUUAUGCAAAAUAAAAAUAGUCUUCAGAAAUACUUGAAUAAAUGAAAAAAUAGUUUUUACUAGAACAAUGUUAUGGAUUGUUAAAUUGUUACUUUCAUACUUUUAAUUAUAUGUAAAUAAAAGUAAAAUCGUGGAGCAAAUAUACUCCAAUGAAAUUAUAUAUAUAGUAAUGGUUCUAUCUUAAGAAUAUAUAUUUUCAAGA